AUGCGGUCUUAUCAACUCCGGCACAGGUGGCAGGCCUUUGGCUCUUCCAGUACCGCGGACGAGGACCACCAGUCCGGAGAAGGCCGGGGCCCGGGGCGGCACCGCGUGUGGUGGGACGUGCCCUGUGGCUCCAGGGCGGGCCCAGCCUUCCCCGCCGCCUUUCCAGGGAACCUCGCCAAAUUGCCGGCCAUCUGGGCAUCAGGGCAUCAGCAUGCAACCUUUCGCUGGGUCCUCUCUGAUUUGGUCACCUGUGACUUCAGCAUCGAGCAUUUGGACAGCAUUUUCUACAGCGGCCAUGACCUCACCACCUACGUGCGAGGCAAUGACUCCGACCCCUCCCAGGCGCUACGGCUGCAGUUCGCCUUCCAUGAGCACGCGUACCUGGUGAUCUCGGGGCACACGUCCGGCAGUCCGUGCAGUUCCAGCUCCAGCUCCGGCUUCCAAGCCUCCUGCACCGGUGACGUCGGCAGUUCCUGGGAGGCCUUCGGUGCGAGCCAAGCACUGGAAGAGCGCUACAAGGCUGGGCUGGGCUUGGACUGGACUACGCCCUGUGCAUCGCCAUCAACAGGGCUACCCGAGUUGGGCAGCAGCUUCUGGGCCACUGGAGGCAGCUCCGCCGCCUUCCGCUGGCGGCGCGCGGAGCUGGUGAGCUGCAGCAUGACGAGUGACAGGGUGGAGGCCGUCUACUAUGAUGGCAUGGAGCUCACGUCGACGCUGACGGGUGACCUGUUGGACUUCAACAGCUCCAAAGAGUUCCGCUUCCGACAUUCUCAGGGAGCCUAUUUGGCCAUCACAGUGCGAGGCGAUACUGGAGUGUGUGGCCGCGAUGCCUUCCACAUCAGCUGCACCAAUGGGGUGAACUCAGAGGGCUGGGAGGUGUUUGGGAGCACCGGCGUGGUGGAUGCUACUCACCGGCAGGGAGGCGGAUCUGGCUGGACGGCUCCUUGCGCCUCUUCCUGGCCGGCCACCCCUGGAGUGCGGGGUGUUUGGGCCGAGGGGGCCACGGAGGCCACCUUCCGAUGGCUAGAUUUGGAGUCUUGGGAGCUGGCGCUGAAGGCGGAGUGGGAGGACGGCACCUUCGACUACGACUCUGCUGUUUGGCAUGAUGGUAGCAAGAGCACCUUCGGCACAGGGGCCGCGCUGCAGAACACCAAGACCGAGGCCUAUAGCCAACUGAAGCUGACCAGGGUGAAGCUGGUGAUUGACCGGAUGGCUGCUAUCUUCACGCUGCCAGUUGAUGUGAGAUAUCGCUAUACCUUACAAGAACUGUCCUCAGCGCUCAGUUCUUCAGUCUUCCGCGCGGCCUUGUCACAAAUGGGCCUGGAAGCAGAGACUCCAGGAUGGAGCUCCGGUGCAGUGGACCACUUCCGGCUGGGCAACGCACAGCACUACUGCGGUGCUGGCUUCGACCUGCGGAACGGCCCCAGUGUGCGCCUGGGCGUUAUGUUGGGAGAUGCCGGCUGCACCACUCUGACUGGAGUGGAAGGACUUGGGUUAUCUGCAAGCAGUGACAGCUUGGGCUCGGGCUUGCUGGGCAGCCAGAAGGCGUGGGGCCGAGUGGAGGUCUAUGUGGAGGGCUCGCCGCUGCGAGAGCAGGAACUUCGGCUGUCCGAGAUCUCUGAAGGACGCGUGGAAAUCUUCCGCAGCGGCCGAUGGGGAACAGUCGACGAUUCGGCCUUCGACAACUUGGAUGCGCAGGUCAUUUGCAGGCAAUUGUCCUUCAACGGUGGCAUGACGCUGCCAACAGAUGAGGUUCUGCAGAGUGCGCAGAAUGGAAAGGCGAUGGCCAACACCAGCUGCGUUGGCUAUGAGCCGUCCCUCGCCGACUGCGUCAGCGAUGCAGUGGAGGAAGUGGGUCAGAUGCAGGUGUGA